UGCUAUCCUCCUUGCUCACAUAGCUAUCGUAUCCAAAUGUAAUACCAUAACUCUCCCCUCCAAUUUUUCUUUUUCUUUUAUAUAUAUAUAUCCCACACUCCUAGCUUCCUCCCAGCUUCUCAGCUGAAGAAGCACAGCCCUUUCCCCUUUCUUUUCUGCCAUACAAAUACCUUCCUACUUGUCAUCAUCUUGUCCUUGCAAAACCCAAUACCUAUCCUCUUCUACAAAUAGACAUUGUUCUCUUAUUUCAAGCCCAGCUCUGCAAUUCUCUUCACUUCCAUGUUUGUUGAUAUCUGUUCUUGACGUUGAAUAAUAUUAUAUCCACCAGGAAGGUUCUUGGACCUAGCUAACACCACUUCACUGCCUGUGAUCUUAUUCUCUGAGUUAUUAUCUAAAUGGAACUGGAACAGAGGACUCUCAUCAAUGAACUAAACCAAGGGAAGGAGCUAGCAGAACAGCUCAGGAGCUAUCUUAACCCUGCAUCAUCACUUGAAACGCGUCAAUUCCUAAUUGAGAAGAUACUUUCUUCCUAUGACAAAGCACUUUCAAUGCUAAAUUGGGAUGCUUUCGGUUUCGGGGUUCAGGUUCAACCUACCAUUUUGGAAUCACGGCAUUCCUUUCCCAAGGAUACUAGCCCAAGGACUGAUGUCUCCGAUCAAGAUCAAGAUCAAAAGACUGUUUUCAAGAAGAGAAAGACACAAGAGCGAUUUACUGAACAAGUCAGGGUUUGCUUAGGAACGGGAGUAGAAGGGCCACUCGAUGAUGGUUACAGAUGGAGGAAAUAUGGGCAAAAAGUUAUUCUUGGAGCUAAUUUUCCAAGGGAAUACUAUAGAUGCACUCACCGUCACUCACAAGGUUGUUUAGCCAUGAAGCAAGUUCAAAGAUCGGACGAGGACCCCUCAAUUUUCGAAGUGACAUAUCGAGGAAGACAUACAUGUGUCCAGGCUUCUCAUUUUGCCAUUUCAAACCAAGUUCAUCCUCAACAACAGAAGCAGCCACAUUUUGAAGAGAAGUUAAAACCAUCAAAAGAAGCAUUUAACAUGGGAGAAGAGCUUCAAGUUAAAGCCAAAGAUUUGAACACAAGGGAGGAAAUUUUUCCCUCCUUUUUCUUUCUGGAUGAAUUUAUCGAGAAGGAAAAUGAGGGUGAAUCCACCUAUUUCGUAGGUAGCAUUUCCCCAGCAUUUAUAUCCCCGGCAACAUCAGAAUCCAAUUAUUUAUCAACUUCGCCUUGCAAGGUGGAUAGCUUUGGCAUAGGCUACGAUGUGCAGGCUCCAAAGUCAGAACUUACUGAUAUAAUUUCAGCUCCAACUUCUGUCACCAAUUCUCCUGUCGAUGAUUUGGAUAUCUCUAACUUCAACUUUGAUAUCAAUUUUCCAUUCGACGACAACGUGUUGGGUUAUUAGCAUUGACAGGGAGAUUAAACAUCAACGUCUCCUACAUGGGGAUAGGCAUGAGCAAGAAGUUUUUCCGUUGAUCGGUAGUUAAAAUUUUGGAAAUAAUGCGUGGCCUUUUAGUUCAUUUUUUUUCCUUUUUGGUUAGUUCCAGAGAUUGUAGGGAUUAUUGUAAUUCCCUUUUUUUUUGUCUCCUGCUCUGAAUCUUGAAUGUUGUAGGCCAAAAAUGGAAUAUUAAUUGUAGUAAAAUAGUUCAAAUAAUUAACUUUAAUGAGUUUGGAAUUAAA